AUGGAGACAAAUGCAACAACGCCACUUGAUAAUCAUGAGGAUCAAGAUGAAUUUGUUUUGCUUGACUUGGAUGGUGUUUAUGACCUAAUUGAUAUUCCACCAAAUGCUAACUAUGUUCUUAGGGGUCUUGACACUUUAAACCCAGUAUUGAUAAUUGAUGACAAACUUAAGCUGAUUGGUGAAUACGAUGAGACAAUUGGAACAUGUAUCGCAUUUGAAGAACAUGGUGAGUUACAUUUCAUGGAUGUACAUUUCAUGUUAUAG